GUCGGCACCCCCAUCCACCGCCUCAUGGCCGACCCCUACAUCGCCGUGGUGGCCGGUGCCCUCACCACCUGCAACAUCCCCCUCGCCUUCCUGGAGCCCACCAUCGCCAACUGGAUGAAGGAGUCCAUGGGGGCCACGGAGUGGGAGAUGGGCCUCACCUGGCUGCCUGCCUUCUUCCCCCACGUGCUGGGCGUCUACAUCACUGUCAGGCUGGCUGCCAAGUACCCCCACCUCCAAUGGUUUUACGGGGCCCUCGGCAUGGCCAUCAUUGGCGCCAGCUCCUGUGUGGUGCCAGCCUGUAGGAAUUUCGGGCAGGUCGUCGUCCCCCUCUGUGGCAUUUGCUUUGGGAUCGCCUUGGUGGACACGGCCCUGCUGCCCACCCUGGCCUUCCUGGUGGAUGUGCGCCACGUGUCUGUCUAUGGCAGCAUCUACGCCAUCGCAGACAUCUCCUACUCCGUGGCAUAUGCCCUGGGGCCCAUUGUGGCCGGCCAGAUUGUGCACACCAUGGGUUUCGUGCAGCUUAACCUGGGAAUGGGUCUUGCUAAUGUGCUUUAUGCCCCUGUUCUCCUCUUCCUCAAAAACGUCUGCCAAAUGAAACCCUCUCACUCGGAGAGGAACAUCCUUCUGGAAGAAGCACCUAAAGGACUCUAUGACACCAUUAAAAUGGAGGAGCGCAAAGGCAAGGGCAAAAGCCUCUAUCCAGCUGGUGAAACAGAGAACAAUGUGGACUCCUACCACAGAGACCUGACAGGGGCGUCUGAGGAGGACUGUUCAGACUAUGAAUACAGUUAGGUUACUCUGAGCUGCCCAGCCCCUGGUAACAAGAAUUGGCAUGUGGAAGGGAGGGAAAGGGGGAUGAAAGCGUUAUUGCCAUACAUUUAUGUACCAACGUGCAAUAUAUACAUUUUAACCUUUGUCAUGAUGUAAUGGCUUUCUUCUUCUACACUUAUUUUUAAUCGGUAUUUCCUUCAGCAUUCUGGCAAGGUGGGUGGGAGGCGGGGAGUCAGUCCCGAAGAAGAUUAUCUGAGUUAUCAUUGGCAUAAAUCUGUGAUGGUCCUUCCAAAAAAAACAAAAACAAAACCCAGCCUCAUAGCUGGGGUCUAAUUGUGCAAAGUUUUCUUGAGCUCAAACUGUGUGUGACAUACUGUAUAUCUCUGUAAAAAUAUAAGAAAAGCAAAAAAGUGUGUAAUAAAUUAAAAAAUGGCAUAUUCAGGGACUUAAUAAAUCUUGUGUACAUAUACUUAGAUUUUCAGUUGGUUUCAUAUAUUUAAGAGGAGCAACAACUAUCACAACAACUUAUUCUUCUUUGGGAAUAAACUGAAGCAUUGUACUCAUUUUUUUCUCUUGUGCUGCUCUCCGGUACGUGCAAUAUGCUGUAUUAUG